AUGACGCGCCACUAUAUAACUCCUGAGACUAUUAUCAUCGGCAUUGAUUUGGGCUUAACCUUUACAGGAGUCGCAUUCUCGACCGUGGAUAUGGAAACUCCGAUUUCUGUAAAUAGAUGGCCAGGAACUACGGAGAUAGCGAAUAAAGUGCCAACAAAACUCUGGUACCAAGCGGGCUGCAGGAAACCCAUAUCAUGGGGAUUCGAUGAACCGGAUGAGUUGCAUCCUGGAAUGGACGUGGUGGAUUGUUUCAAACUAUAUCUUGACCCUGACUUUAAUUUUGCGAAUAACGCUGAGAUGUUCUGGACACAUGAAGAUGUUCAGACAUGGUUUGUCGAUUUCUUUACCGCCCUUCGACUACACAUCAUCCAAUAUAUAAGAAAUUCAGAGUACCUACCUUAUCCGGUGGUGAGCGAUUGGAGACUACACCCAGUAGAAUACGUUUUUAGUUUCCCGACAACCUGGCAAAAUCCAAAGGUGGUUGAUGCAUUUUGCGGAAUUGUGAGGAGUUCUGGUUUUGGAGACUGUGAAGCCCACUCAGUCGAGAUUAAGUUGAAUGAAGCAGCAGCAGCAGCAGCUUACUCGGCCAAAACCUUUAGACACCAACGGGCUGUCCAAUACCGUGAAGGAAGCAGGGAGCUUCCACCUAGGAAGGAGAAGCCUCUUGAAGCUGGCAGCGUAAUUCUUAUUUGCGAUGCUGGAGGCGGAACAACUGUCAGAGUCUUGCUCCAUUGUCGUCGGAUGUGGCCGUCCUCAAGGUUUCAUCAAUCGAAAAAUAUACAGUUCGAGAUCGACCAGGCGUUCCAAAGGGAAGUUGAAAGCCGUUUGGAAACGAUCCGUUACGAAAGUGAUGGCCGCAGUUGGUCUCCGAAGUCUGCAGCACGCAAAUUGACAAAAGGCGAUUUUCAAGUCUUCAAGUUGAAUUAUGGGUGUAGAGUAAUGACAGCCUUACGGAGACAUGCCCUUCGCAUCCCUGGCCUUCCAAUAUCCUAUAACAGCCCAGAAGCGGGUAUCGAAGAUGGAAGGAUAGUACUGGAAGAGGAUGAUCUGCAACGACUGUUCGACGACCAGAUUCGACAGAUUUUUGGACUUAUUGAUGAGCAGCUUCGACGUGUUGGUGAUAUCACGCCCCCAGUAAAAGUGCCAAUUAGCGGUCUCCCGCGGACUAGUAAUCGACCGAGUUCAUCGUUGAGACAUGGACAUUCCGUCCUAUCCACUCGAUGUAGUUCCAGCUCCUACGGCAUAGUGGUCAAUAACAGAGUUCGCACAGGCAAAACCCCUCCCAGCUACAAUAGCCAUGUGAAAAUAAGCCCCUAUGAUGGGAGGCGGUAUAUCGUCAACCAGGUCCAAUGGCUUCUCGAACGAGGUCAAAUUAUCCAGCACCGAUACAUAUGCCAGAAAUUGGAUAGGGUUUUCGAAGCCACCAGUUCCGAGAUAGACUGGAAAAUUUUGAUAGCCAUGUCCAGGUCUCCUGCUGCCCGCCUCCCACAUACAAUCGACGAAGGUGAUGCUUGUGUUAUAUGUGAGAUCGAGUCAAGAGUAGGCGGGGAACUUCUACGACAGCAUGCCCAGCCUGCUAAACAGAAGCGGUGGAGCUCAAUCCGGAAAGCAGAACUUCAGAAAAUCCAGUAUGAAGUGCGUUUAUACAUCGAAUCGUCGUGCCUGACAUUCAAAGUCUGGUUAGGGGAUCGGAUGAUCGGGAGUAGUGACGAGAUUCCCGUCGCUUGGCAGUAUACCAGCAUAGAUGAGGCUGACAACGAGGAGACCCAAACUGAAUGUCCAGUGGAUUGGUCAAAUUGCGGACUUGCGAAGGAGGUUAAAAGAUGA